AUCUAUUACAAAAUGUGCUAGAUUUUUGGUCCGUCCGUCUAUCAAAUUUAGCAUUUCUAUAAUAUCGGGAAUCACUCAUUAUUUUUAAAUUUUUAAAUAAUAAGUAGAAGUACUUACCUACUACGAAGUCAAGUUAUCGAAGCCUUCUAGUAGUCUUCGUUGAGGGAGAAAAACGGAGGCUCGCUUUUCCUUAGUUUCAAGAGCUUACGACGUACCAACACACGACGAAAAGUAGACCAAGAUGACAUCCACCUGGCCAUCACUGUGGCCCAUUAGUAACGCUACCUAUGUCAGUGUUGAACAACUUAUCGACGACCUACCGAAGACCAGUGUCCUCUAUACCCUGCCAGCCUUUGAUUCCAUUUUCAGGGAUCUGCCCGCAGAUCUAAUAACGCGGGAUGUGUACCACCACCAGGUGAACAAUGUGAUCAAAAUCAACGAAGAAGAUAUGCUAGAAUAUAGUAGCAGCGACAGCGGAAGCGAAUACAUGGAAAUUCCGCACUGUCAUUUUGUGGGAAUGCUGCCCUUCGCCUUCGAUUCACCGUGGUCAGCAAAUAUUUCCAGCGCUUCUAUUGAACUUGCCCAGGCAAUGGCUCUCGGAAUACAGCACUUGAAUACUGGCGAUUCAUCUCUUGUAAGCUCUCUAGGAGACCUUCGCGAAUCAUCUUGCAGUGAUAUGAUCUUCACUAUGGAAUACGCGGACCCAGGAAAUGAUCCAGGAGAAGCCAUUGACAAGGUCCUAGAAAUAAUUGGACGACGGGAUGGGCACAAAAAACCUUGCUCUUUCUUGGCUUCUACAAGGUCUGAGCUAACAAUGCCAGCAGCAUUAUUAUCAGGGAACAAAGGCUUUAUGGAGUUGUCGAGCUCUAGUACAUCGACGCUACUAGACUCUGUAUCGCAGUAUCCGUAUUUUGCAAGAACAGUGCCGAACGAUAGAGAUAAUAUCAAACCAAUCAUGGACUACUUUGGAAAGGAAAUUGAGUUGGAAUAUCUGGCACUGAUUCAUAUGAAUGAACCUUAUGGAAACUCGGUGGGAGAAGCUCUACUACGAGAGAGAGAGAAUAUAAUACAAGAGAGAGAGAAAUCAUCAAAUGCUCCAGUCAUUAGGAGGUUUUCGAUAGAUAGUACUGGGACAGCCAUGGAUGCUACCUUAAGGGCAUUGGAGAAUUCCCAAUUCACUUUCAUUAUUGCCGCAAUGCCGACCAUGCAUUUUUAUCACAAACUCAUGGAAACAGCGUACGAUAUGGGGUUGGUUGGAAAUAUAGGUGGCGCUGGAUAUUAUCAAUGGUAUUUCACAGAUUCCUUUUGGGCGCCUGCAAGUAGUAUGAAAUUGAGUCCGAAAUUAGCGAUUGCAUACAAUGGAACGGGCAUGUUCACACCUAGUGCGGGACGACUAGAGAACGAAACUAGCUACAACGGUUUUGUUCAAGAACUUGGAAAGCUUGAUAAAAGCAGUGAAGAUAUGAACUACAUUUCUGCUUUGAUUCCACAAAACAGGAAUCAUUUAGAGCAAUCACCAGAGAAUUUAUAUCAAGGCGAAAAAACAAACAACGACGAAUUUUUUGGCAUUCAGUAUGAUGCAGAAGAUGCGGACUAUUUCGAUGCAGCUUACAUGUAUGACGCCACGAUUGCGUUGGGAAUGUCGGCAUGCCGUGCAAUCGGUCACAACAAGGCCUUCAAUGCCGCCGAUCAGUUUUCAAAUUUGACCGAGGGCCUAAGAUUUCGUGGUGCAACGGGGGAAGUAACAUUUAACAAUAAAGGUACGAGGACGUAUGAGAGUACGUUCUAUGAACUGGUUAAUUACGUGACUGAGGAUGUGGUCGACGAAAACACAGGAAAGAACUUCGUUGGAUUGAAAAUUCACACAACAAAUAUCUAUCGCAAUGGAUCAUGGAUUGACGUUGACCAGUCGUUCAUCUAUAGCAACGGAGAGACCAAAAAGCCCAAUGCCUUAAGAGAAAGGAGAGAAUCAGACUCGUCUGGAUUAGCAAAAAAGAUGAAGAUCACGGCAUUGAUCCUCUCUGUUCUGUCGAUAAUUUCUGCCAUCAGUUUUGGUAUCUGGACGUGGUGUCACAGAUUCACAAGAGUAAUACAGGCAAGCCAGCCUUUCUUCCUCUACUUAGUUGUUUUUGGAGUCAUUAUGGUUGGAGGGUCGAUCAUUCCAUUUUGCAUGGACGAUACUCAGUUUUCGUUUGAUGCAAUGAACAAGGCAUGCUCUGCCGUCCUUUGGUUGUUGUUUCCGGGGUUUUCGAUAAUUUUCUCAGCACUUUUCACGAAAACCUACCGUAUCAAUUUGAUGUAGGUGAUUACAAAACACGCCUGAUUUUUGUUGUCGAGAUCUUCGAUUUUGGGAAUUUUUGAUUCCACUAGUGUCGUGAUGUAUUCAUAAUUUUUUUUUGCCUGACCUUCUCGUAUUUUUCAACAGCAUGAAGCACUCCAGAAGCUUUCGCAGGGUCACAGUGACUAUUCGAGAAACUCUUACAACAAUGGCAGUUAUGUUGCUCUGUAAGUUUAUCUUUUUACGGAGGUUGUUUGUACUCGAACCAUCAUGAAUCUGGGUUAUUCGUAUCGGAACUCACUUACCGAAACUGCCUACAAUACAUCCUGACAUUUAUUCUUGCGCAGUAAACAUUGCUAUAUUGACAACGAUGACUAUACGUAAUCCCCCACAAUAUGAUAGGAAAGUUUCGAGGUUAGACCAUCUCGAAAGGGUAGCGGAAACAUACGGAACAUGCGGUUGGGUAAAUCAGAUUCACUACAUUGCGGCGCUGCUAGCAAUUAAUAUGGUGAUCGCUACCCUAUCUGCAUACCAAGCGUGGGAGGCAAGGAAGCUGUCAACGCAAUUUGCAGAGAGCCAAUACAUUUUUGCAUCUCUUUUGAUUUCAUUGACACUAUUUAUGGUUGGAUUGCCUGUCUUCGCUUUGGCAGGACAGAAACCUGAGAUCUUGUUCUUCGUAUACGGCGGUGCCCUUUUCCUUUGUAAGUUAAUCCUCACUAUUUGGACAAGCACAAAAACUUCCCCUACCACUUCUCACUCAAUCUACUUUGAAAUGGUUGACAUUCAAACAAUUCCUAUAUUAUUGUCACGGCUCUUGAAGUCUGUAUGGAGACUCUCUUGUUGCUGUUUGCACCAAAAAUUCACUAUUAUUGGAAAAAGAAAGAAUUCUCCAAAGUUAACAUAAGCGGUAUUGAUUUAAACAUUCGAACAAAUGGGGAUCGCAGCAAUGAUUACAAAGGGGACAUGAUCGUAACCAAAAAGUCGGCAACGGAGUUAGCACGGAGAGUAAAUGAUUUGGAAUUGCUGUUGCAGAAGAAGGAGGAAGAAUUGGAAGAACACAAGGCCAAACAAAUCGAGAUCACAAACACAUCAACGGAGCAUAACGUCAUUGAUCCUUAGAUCAUACUCCUCCGAGCAACUGUUCGAAGUGGACAAUUCAAUUUUAGCAUAUCCGCACGUGUUAUUGAGUGUUGUCUUAUUUCUGAAAGUCACGGCCCUCUCGUUUUGUUCCUUCUGCCUACAACCGGACCUCACUCUGCGGGAGUUCAUAUGAGUAGUCAAGGUCACCAUAUGGGAGUAUUUAAAAGUCAUCUGUUACUCCGUGCAAAUCCUUCGAUGGAGGGUGGUGAUUCUUCAUCAGUUCACGAAGUUCGAACGUUUUGCACCGCUGCGCCAAAACUACCUCAGGUUUCACGCUGUCAUUCAAGCCUCUCCAGCAAACCCUUUGUUGAUACGGUGCAUGCUGGUUUUUGUCUUCAAAACAAAUCAUUCUUCUAAAAGGGGCAAACCAAGGCUCCGGUUCCACUCUACAUCGCUGCUAUGGAUCUCUUCCAUUUCCGUCCAUCCGUUGUGAUAAUGCGUCUCCAUGUCCACUUCCCACUUCUGGCAAACCGGGUUUUGCCGGUACACCGACCCGGGCCCCGUCGCCCUCCCAAGAUUCAGAUUGGACCCGGCUGUUUCGAUGGUAAGCACGAGAACGUUGCUCGCUCCGGGGAGCUUGUGUAUCGACAGGAAGGCAAUACCCGCGGUGCGGAGGCCCGCACAAACAUCGGGUGGUAUGUCGUUGUGCCUUCGGAUGUACUCAUUGGCCAUCCCCUCGCGGCACGUCGUAUAGAAGACCUUUCGGGUGUUCCCCGGGUUAGGUGUUCUCUUUGGAUCGGGGGCCCCUUCCCCGGUUGUCGUUGGUUCCGAUGCCGUCGUUGCACUCGUCUUCUGUGCUCGGUUACGACCAUCUUCUUGCUCUUGCAACAUCGUCGUGGCUUUAUGGUGCAGCUGGAGCAGGUACGAGUGAUAGUAUGGUGGGCACUUUACAGUUUAUCGGAGAGAAGGAACGAAGAAAUAUCUGUCACUCUUGAUAAUGAUUCAAGCGGUACAGUACCAGGUACGAACAGAAAACCAAAACCAUGUCAGGAAAUCUUUUUCUUCGGAGUCUACGCGCGGACGAAACUGCAAAUUUGCAGUUUAGUACAAAUUUAGUCCCUUACGUGUUAAAUGCAUGUAAUAAACUGCACAAUCUACA